AUGGUCGGAAUUGGCCCCAAGCAGCCUCCCUCCCGCAAGGGAUCCAUUGACGGUCUGCCGCAGAACCUGCUGCAGCAGAUCAAGGACUUUGAGGACCAGUUCACCGUGGACCGCACCAAGCUCAAGCAGGUCGUCGACCACUUCGUCAAGGAACUCGAGAAAGGCCUCACCGUCAAGGGCGGCAACAUUCCCAUGAACGUCACCUGGGUCAUGGGAUUCCCCGAUGGCAACGAACAAGGCACCUUCCUGGCCCUCGACAUGGGUGGCACCAACCUGCGGGUUUGCGAGAUCACCCUGACCGACGAGAAGGGCGCCUUCGAAAUCACCCAGUCUAAAUACAAGAUGCCCGAGGAGCUCAAGACCGGCACCGCGGAGGAGAUGUGGGAAUACAUCGCCGACUGCCUGCAGCAGUUCAUCGAGUUCCACCACGAGGGCGAGAACCUGUCCAAGCUGCCCCUCGGUUUCACCUUCUCCUACCCGGCCACCCAGGAAUACAUCGACCAUGGUAUCCUGCAGCGGUGGACCAAAGGAUUCGACAUUGAGGGCGUGGAGGGCCAGGACGUGGUGCCCCCGCUGGAGAAGAUUCUGCAGAAGAGGGGCCUGCCUAUCAAAGUCGCCGCGCUGAUCAAUGACACCACCGGAACCCUCAUCGCCUCGUCAUACACCGACCCCGAGAUGAAGAUCGGCUGCAUCUUCGGCACUGGCGUCAACGCCGCCUACAUGGAGGACGUGGGCUCGUGCCCCAAGAUCGCCCACCUAGGUCUGCCCGCCGAUACGCCCAUCGCCAUCAACUGCGAGUACGGCGCCUUCGACAACGAGCACGUCGUGCUCCCGCUGACCAAAUACGACCACAUCAUCGACCGCGACUCGCCGCGGCCCGGCCAGCAGGCCUUCGAGAAGAUGACCGCCGGCCUGUAUUUGGGUGAGAUCUUCCGCCUGGCCCUGGUGGACCUUCUCGAGUCGCGGCCCGGCCUCAUCUUCAACGGUCAGGACACCUCCAAGCUACACAAACCCUAUCUGCUAGACGCGUCCUUCCUCGCCGCGAUCGAAGAGGAUCCCUACGAAAACCUGUCGGAGACGCUGGAUCUCUUCGAGCGCCAGCUGAACAUCCGUCCCACACAGCCCGAGCUGGAGAUGGCCCGUCGUCUCGCCGAGCUGAUUGGAACCCGCGCCGCGCGUCUGUCUGCCUGCGGUGUGGCUGCCAUAUGCAAGAAGAAGAAUAUCCAGUCCUGCCACGUCGGCGCGGACGGUUCCGUCUUCACCAAGUACCCGCACUUCAAGGCCCGUGGGGCAAAGGCCCUGCGCGAGAUUCUGGACUGGGCGCCCAAUGAAAAGGACAAGGUCUCUAUCAUGGCUGCUGAGGAUGGGUCCGGUGUUGGUGCUGCCCUGAUUGCCGCUUUGACGCUGAAGCGUGUUAAGGCGGGUAACCUGGCCGGUAUUCGUAACAUGGACGAUAUGAAGACGCUCCUGUAA